AUGUCAGGACGCAAUUGGCACCAUGGGCACCAAAGGCGCAGUGCGCUCCAUGGGCAUCUUGAGCACCAAAAGAACAAGGUAGUGUUUAUAAUGGGGGCUACAGGGAUGGGAAAAUCUCAUCUCUCUAUUGACCUCGCAACCCAUUUUUCAACAGAAAUCAUCAACUUUGAUAAAAGGCAAGUUUACAAGGGACUUGACAUUGUCACCAACAAGAUAACAGAUUCUGAAAAAGAAGGUGUACCACACUAUUUGCUUGAGAAAAAAUGCAUAUUAUUAUUUCGAUAUUGUGGUGUUGGAUAUGUUUCAAUCGUCGUUGGUGGGUCAAAUUCAUACAUUGAUAAACUUGUAGAAGAUCCUAUGUUCGCAUUUAAAUCUAACUACGAUAGUUGUUUUAUUUGGAUUGACAUUGAUGUAUCUACAUUGGACCCUUUUCUUCUCAAAAGGAUUGAUUAUAUGGUCCAAACUGUGGAUGAGGUGCGGGAAAUAUUUUCUCCUGAAGAAGAAAAUAAGUUUGACACAUGUGAAGAAUCAACAAAGAAGAUUCUUCUUGAAUCCGCAAUUGAAGAAAUUAAAGUUAGUACUUGCAACUUAGUUUGCCGCCAACUUGAGAAAAUUCGACGAUUUAUGAAUGAGAAAAUGUGGCCAUUGUAUCAUAUUGAUGCCAUAAAUGUUUUCAAGGAAAAUAAAAAAGAAGGUGCUGAUGAUAAAUGGAAACAUAACGUCCUGAAACCUACCUUGAUAUCGUAA